AUGUCAAGCAAGACGCUAGACUUCAAGACCAGCAUUAACGAUUACCUGGAAGGCUUGCCUGCACCGGUGUUCUCCCGCUUGUACCAAAAACCUGCAACAUGCUUGGCUAUAUUUCGACUCUUGCCCAACCUUGCAAAGCAUUUUGUCAUGAGUACGCUUUACAAUGAUGCACCAGUACAAGUCAGAGAUAUCGAUGCAUGGGUGGAGCCAGGAAGCAAGAGACAGCAGAACAACGCCCUGGAAAAGCUGAAGAAGAUGCAUGUGUACAAGGAGCAUAAAGGAGAAGUGACAAUGAACCUGGCAUUUCGGACAAAUUUCCGCACUGCGUUGACUGGUGGGGGCGACCACAAGUCAUUUGGAGUACCAUGCAAUACAGCCGACAACAACGCAGUGACAGUUGAGUUCCUGGACAGGCAUGCGACAGAGCAGUGGGAGAUGAUUCUACAUUUCAUGGUCAAUACUCCAAUGGACAGAAUGCCUGGAGAUGGUGUGGUGCGGUUGCUGGAGAAGAGUGGGUUGAUGGAAGGUAAUCCUCUGAGGAAAGAGACAAUGAGCAUCACGAAUGCGGGUUUCCAGUUCCUGCUGCAGGAUGUGAAUGCGCAAAUAUGGGCACUAUUAUUGCAGUAUCUGACUGUUGCAGAAGAGUUGGAGAUGGAUCCAGUUGAGGUGUUACACUUCCUCUUCAUGCUUGGAUCACUGGAGCUCGGCCAGGAUUAUUCUACCGAUUUCCUAACUCCGACACAGAAGAUCAUGCUGGAGGAUCUUCGAGACUAUGGCGUCGUCUAUCAACGAAAGAGCACGUCGCGGAGAUUCUAUCCAACUCGAUUGGCCACAACUCUAACAGCACAUGCUGGACAUUGGAAACGUCCAGCUGCCAGCCUUCAAGGUGCACUAUCAGCAAAACCAGAUCCAGGCUCAGAAAGCGGAUUCAUUGUGCUGGAGACAAACUACAAGGUAUACGCAUAUACGAAUUCACCACUUCAGAUUGCCGUUCUUCAACUUUUCGUGAAUCUGAAGGCACGUUUCCCGAACAUGGUCACAGGCAUCAUCUCUCGCGAUUCUAUUCUGGAGGCCUUGAAGAACGGCAUCACCGCCGACCAGAUCAUUCAGUACUUGACCACACACGCACAUCCUCAAAUGCGAAAACAACAGCCUCUGCUGCCGCCUAGUGUUGUGGAUCAGAUACGGCUAUGGGAGCUGGAUAAGAAUCGUAUACGGGCAAGUGAAGGGUGGCUGUGGCAUGACUUUGCCUCAACAAACGAUUAUGAGUUUGUGCUCAAGUAUGGAAAGGAUCUGGGUGUUGUGCUGUGGGAAAAUGCCGCAACAAGACGGUUUUACGUAUCAGAUGCUGGGAACGCCAGUAUAAAGACGUACAUCUCGCGAAAUCGCAAAAAGGAUUGA